AUGAUUGAAGACACCGACAACAGCACCGAUGACACCACAAUCCCCGUGCCAAUAGCCAUGGUCGAGUCGGCAUUUAUGGCUAUAGCAUUCUACAAUGUCAUAGAGCUCCAUUUCCUCCUCUUCACCACCUUCAAGAGAUGGCGUAGUCUAUACUUUUGGAGCGUCUUUGCAGCUAUGUGGGGAGUUGCUCUCAAUGGACUGGGAGUUGUGUUCAAGACGUUCAAAGUCAUCGACGACAGCCCUCCCCAACUAUUGACCAUUGUCACCGUCCUUCUUGUGGGGUGGUAUCUCAUGGUCACUGGGCAGUCCGUUGCCCUCUAUUCCCGGCUUCAUCUUGUGGUGCACAAUACCAAAAUCGUCCGAGGGGUGCUUCUCAUGAUUAUCUUCCUGGCCAUCACCUGCCACAUCCCACUCACGGUGGUGAUUUAUGUCAUGAACACGAUUAAUCCUCCGACUGCGCUUAAAGUGUACAAGGUGUACGAGCCAUUGCAGUUGACGCUCUUCUCCGUUCAAGAGGCCACCAUUUCGAUACUGUACAUGGUUUUCGCGGUCAAGAUACUUCGGCCUAGUCAGGCUAUGCGAGGGUCUAAGACGAGGAAAACUCUAUGGCAGCUCAUCUGUAUAAAUGUGUUGGUCAUUGUUUUGGAUAUUACGCUGAUAGCCCUUCAAUUUGCCGGAUACGAUGAGGUGCAGCACUUUUACAAACCGGCCGUGUACAGCAUCAAAUUGAAGCUGGAGUUUGCAGUGUUGAAUCAGCUGCUCGAGGUUACGCAAGGGUCCAAGCCGGAUUGGAUCGACUAUCGAUUUCCUACUGGCACUGGCACGACGAAUGUGGGGAGUUUGAGCAAACAUGGAAGUCGAGGUGAUGGUGAGCCCAACCUUGGCGAUGUUGAAGCAGGGAGGCAUGUUGCCUUGGCGUAUUUGCACAAGGACGACAACCAAAAGCGUCCACGGGUCCUAACCCGCGAAGGAUGGUCAAAGACUCAGACUCAGCAAGUUGGGGUUAAUGAGUCGCUUGGGUCUGCCAGAGGCGAUGUUGCUCCGGUGAACUCGAGAGUUCGUGCAUCGCCGUCGCCGUCGCAAGUACAUCUCGUGGAGGCAGGAUACUAG